AUGAACAAUUGGUUAGGUUUCUCACUUUCACCACAAGAUCCACAGCAAAUGGUUGAUUCACAAUCAUCUAUUGUUGAUCAUAGCUUCAACUCAGAUGACAUCUCCGGCACCGGCGAAUACUCUACUAUACCUUCUCUAAACCUUCCUCCUCCCUUUGGCUUACUCGAACCCUACCAUAAUCACCAUGACUGGAACAUGAAGGGGAGCUCAGAGUUAUCGGUUUUAAUGGCGGCGGGUGGUGAUGGUUCAUGCAAUGAAAACCCUGAAAUCCAACCUCCAAAGUUUGAAAACUUGUUGAGUACAAUUGGUAAUGGCGGUGAAUAUAUGUACUCAACUAUGCAACUUCCACCACAAUCCACCACAACAAAUAAUAAUGACAUAACUAGAGGAAACAACAACAACACAACCACAAGUAGCAUAGGUCUUUCCAUGAUUAAAAACUGGCUAAGAAACAACCCAACUACUCCAACAAACAACCAAAACCACACUACAACUACUAGACCACCACCAGAAAAUCAAGAAACUGACGAAAGAAUGGCGGUGAUGGGUGGCUUUUCUAGUGGAGGUGGAAGGACUACUAAUGAACUUUCACUAUCCAUGAGUACCGGUGGUAAUGGGUUUGUUGGUGGUGGAGAUCAUAGCUCUUCUACUUCUGAUAAUAAAAGGCAGCAAAUGGAGGUGGCAACCACCGUGGAGAGUAGCGAAGCUAGUGGCGGUGUCACGGAGGCGGUUCCCCGGAAAUCUAUUGAUACUUUUGGACAAAGAACUUCCAUUUACCGUGGUGUCACAAGACACAGAUGGACGGGGAGAUACGAGGCACAUUUAUGGGAUAAUAGUUGCAGGAGAGAAGGACAAGUUCGUAAAGGAAGACAAGUUUAUUUGGGAGGUUAUGACAAAGAAGAUAAAGCCGCAAGAGCUUAUGAUUUGGCCGCAUUGAAAUAUUGGGGCACUACAACGACUACAAAUUUUCCUCUUAGCACUUACGAGAAGGAGAUCGACGAGAUGAAAAACAUGACGAGACAAGAAUAUGUCGCCUCACUUAGAAGGAAAAGUAGCGGUUUUUCACGAGGUGCUUCAAUCUAUAGAGGUGUGACAAGGCACCAUCAGCAUGGAAGAUGGCAAGCAAGAAUCGGGAGAGUUGCUGGGAACAAAGACCUUUACUUGGGAACUUUUGGGACACAAGAAGAAGCGGCUGAGGCUUAUGACAUAGCAGCCAUCAAAUUCCGAGGACUGAAUGCAGUCACGAACUUUGAGAUCAACAGAUACGAUGUUAAAUGCAUCCUUGAGAGCACCACCUUACCCAUAGGUGGUGCAGCCAAACGUCUCAAGGAUGCAGAACAAGCUGCAGCCGCUCAGUUACUUAGGGCCGCUAAAGAAGAUCACAUGACCGCCCAACUAACCCAUGAAGGGAUCAACAACUAUGCAACAAUGACCUGGCCUAGCUCCAUUGACUACCACAACCAAGCCAUGGCUCAAGCUCAGGCUCAACCAUUUAGCAUGCACUAUCCACAGCAGUACAAUGGUUCGGGCCAACAACGUUUAUGGUGCAAACAAGAACAACAAGAACCCGAUGGUCAAAGUUUCCAAGAUCUUCAACAACUUCAUCAAUUUUUUCAACCUUCACCAAAUUCUUCUGUGCUUCAUAAUCUCAUGAACUUAGAUUCGUCUUCCGUCGAACAUGGUUAUAACGGGGGAGAUCAUCAAGUGGUUGGAUAUGGAGGUGGUGGUGGCUAUAUGAACCAUAUGAUGGCUAAUGGUCCUACUAAUGAUUCAUCUCAUGAUGGUGAUGGGAACAUGUAUUACCAACAUCAAGGAUCCGAUUAUGGCAGUUGGGUGCCAACUGCCAUACCAACACUUGCAGCUAGAACCGCCAAUCUAGUGGUGGCUCAUGGUGGCGCCCCUACUUUCACUGUUUGGAAUGACACAUAA